UUUAAAUGCCCAAAAACUGUUCCACCCACACACUCAACUUUUCUCCCCCCUUAUAAAACACUUCCUCUAGCUUGAAUACUUUCCCAUCCUUCAAAACUCUCUCCACCAAAAUUCUAUAACCCCACUCUCUCUCAAAUGGAGUUCCUCUCUCUACUUUAUGUAGUUCCAGCAUUGUACAUAUGUUUCCUAAUAUGGAAACUAUACGAUCAAAAGAGGGACCAAGAGUGCUACAUAUUAGAUUACCAAUGUUACAAGCCAACACAAGAUAGAAUGCUAGGGACAGAGUUUUGUGGCAAAAUAAUCAGAAGAACAAAAAAUUUGGGUCUAGAUGAGUACAAAUUUCUCCUCAAAGCCGUUGUAAGUUCCGGAAUUGGCGAACAAACUUACGCACCAAGAAAUGUCUUUGAAGGCCGCGAAUCAUCACCAACACUGAACGACGGGAUCUCUGAGAUGGAAGAGUUUUUCAACGACAGCAUUGCGAAACUCCUAGCUAGAUCAGCGAUUUCCCCUUCCGAAAUCGACAUUCUUGUCGUCAACAUCUCAAUGCUCGCCAUUCUUCCUUCUUUAUCUUCGCGAAUCAUUAACCGUUACAAAAUGAGACACGACGUAAAAGUGUACAAUCUCACCGGAAUGGGUUGUAGUGCAAGUCUUAUAUCAUUAGAUAUUGUUAAAAACAUUUUCAAAUCACAGAGAAAUAAGUUAGCACUUUUGGUCACAUCAGAGUCUCUUAGUCCAAAUUGGUAUACUGGCAAUGAUAGAUCAAUGAUCCUAGCCAACUGUCUUUUCCGUUCCGGCGGUUGCUCGAUUCUUUUGACAAAUAAAAGAUCCUUAAAAAACAGAAGCAUACUGAAAUUGAAGUGUUUAGUACGAACGCACCACGGCGCAAGAGAAGACUCUUACAAUUGUUGCAUUCAAAAGGAAGAUGAGCAGGGUAGGCUUGGUUUUCAUUUAGGGAAAACUCUCCCAAAAGCAGCAACAAAAGUUUUUGUUGACAAUUUAAGGGUAAUUUCACCUAAAAUUUUGCCAACAAGGGAAUUGCUUAGGUUUCUUCUUGUGUUACUUUUCAACAAACUUAAAAUAGCUACUAGUUCUUCUAAGUCUUAUAGUGGUGGAGCAACAAAAAGUACUAAAUCACCAUUGAAUUUCAAAACUGGAGUUGAUCAUUUUUGCCUCCACACAGGAGGAAAAGCAGUGAUUGAUGGAAUUGGAAUGAGUUUAGAUUUAAGUGAAUAUGAUCUUGAGCCUGCAAGGAUGACACUACAUCGUUUCGGUAACACUUCUGCUAGUAGCUUGUGGUAUGUGUUAGGGUACAUGGAAGCAAAAAAGAGGCUCAAGAAAGGUGAUAGAGUAUUUAUGAUAAGCUUUGGUGCUGGAUUUAAAUGCAAUAGUUGCUUAUGGGAAGUGAUGAAAGAUGUUGGAGAUGCAAAUGUUUGGGAAGAUUGUAUUGAUAAUUAUCCACCAAAGUCUUUGGUCAAUCCUUUCAUGGAGAAGUAUAGUUGGGUCAAUGAAGUUGAGGAUCCUAACAACUAUGAUCUUCCUGAAUUUCUCAAGUGAAGGUAAUUAAUUUCAUUCAAUCAUUGUGGAAUGAAAUACCAAAAUUAAGUUAAGGUUAUUGUGCAUUAUUUUCUUUAUUCUGUAUUAAUAUACACUCGUUGUUAUUAUGAUUGAAACCCUGAUCAAGGGAAUAGAUUCUCUCAAAUUCUUUUUUUGUCAUGUGUUAUCAAUAUCACUGUUGAUAUUUUGACUCUUACUCUUUAAUUAAAAACUCGUCUCACAUGUUAAUAUUUAAUGUUGAGAUUGACAACACAUGAUAAAAAUUUUGUUGAGAGAAUUCAUUCCCUUCAUCAUCGGUUCAUUUCCAAAUAAGGAGUUUGUCUACUUUUCGUUCAUCUAUAAAAUUUGUUUCAAUAGUGUGGGAACAUUGUUGGUUUCUUUACUUAACUUGUACAAAUCAAUUUUAUAUACAUAUAUAUUCUUUAGCAAUUGGCUCAUCA